ACUAGAGGAGGGACCAGUUCGGGCCGCCAGACUCUGGCGAGCCCAGCGGCGCAGGAGUCCUGCCUGCCCUGCCCUGCCCUGCUCUGCUCGCCAGGCGCGGCACUGCGAUGUGAGACUCCCCCGGCCGAAGCGUCAGCGGGGCACGCCAGCUCCGCGAGCGCAGCACCCCGCGCGCUAGGAACCUCUCUUCUCUGCCACUUCCAACCCCUGGGGGUGUUUAUUUCGCCCUCGGCCUCCUUCCGGACUAUAGCUUUUUGCUUUGGAGCCCGAGGGAACGGAGCGUGAAGCAGUUUCUACUGUCGCCGGACUAUAAGGACUGAACGCAGGAGAAGAACAUUCGUCUUGGACUCCAGUGCCCAUUUCAGCACCUGUCUCACAGAGAAGAAACUGAGGCAGCUGCAGCUUCAUCUUCUCUUAGGCCCUGAGUUGGGCCUGGCCACACCCUUCUCGCCUUGCACUGGGACCUGGGGUCUGGAAGUCCAGCAGGAACGAUGGCCGAAGCCAGUGUCUCCCCACGUCCCUCAGCAAAGGACAACAUGGCGGCCAAACAGCCUCCUCCGCUCAUGAAGAAGCACAGCCAGACAGACCUUGUGAGCCGCCUGAAAACGAGGAAGAUUCUGGGCGUGGGUGGGGAGGAUGACGAUGGCGAAGUGCACCGGUCAAAGAUCAGCCAGGUCUUGGGCAAUGAGAUCAAGUUUGCUGUUCGGGAGCCUCUGGGGCUCAGGGUCUGGCAGUUUCUUUCUGCUAUGCUGUUCUCCAGUGUGGCCAUCAUGGCCCUCGCCCUCCCUGACCAGCUCUACGAUGCAGUUUUUGAUGGGGCUGAGGUCACCAGCAAGACCCCCAUCCGUCUGUACGGUGGUGCCCUCCUUAGCAUCUCCCUGAUCAUGUGGAACGCGCUCUACACAGCCGAGAAGGUCAUCAUCCGCUGGACGCUGCUCACUGAGGCCUGCUACUUUGGCGUGCAGUCCUUGGUGGUCACUGCAACACUUGCGGAGACAGGCCUCGUGUCCCUGGGGACCCUGCUGCUCCUGGCCAGCCGCCUCCUCUUUGUCGCUGUCAGCAUCUACUACUAUUACCAAGUUGGCCGGAAACCCAAGAAAGUGUAGCUGGAUGGGACCUGCCUGGGCCUGGACCUGGGCCAGAGUGGCUGGGGAAGUCCCUGUCUGUGGGCCCCAGGCAGGCCUGCAGGCUGGCAGGGUGCACGCAGCUUCCUCCCCUCCCAGGCACUCCCUGGAGUCAACUUGGACUUCCUGGGCUUCUAGGAGUUAUAAGUCAGGCUGGGGCACCCCACUCCUCACCCCAUACAGGGGCAACCACUUGCCCUGGCUUUCUUGACCUCUAGACUCUAAUAGACAGUCUGGAGUGGAGCGCUGGGGCCUGGGCAGAGUCAAGGUUAGUUCCUCUGCCGGGAAGCCCUUUUCUCUCCAGGAGAUUGUGUCAGCCCCAACAGCAGGUUUUAGCUUUUCUCCAUUCAGAAACCUGAAAACUGUGUCCCCAUAUGAGUUCCACACCACACACACACACACACACACACACACACAGAGUUUUCAGAGCCCCCACUGUGGUCAGCUAGCCAGGGGAAUGCCUGCCUCCAUUGGGCCUAGGUCACCUCCUUGGCCUGCAUACCUGGCCCUCUCUUUGGCCUGUUGUAGAGUGUUCUAUACACUGGCUGCCUGCACCCCAAAGCACCAGAGUCUCUCCCCACCAGGCCAGGGUAAGCAGUGUACCACAGACCCUGACAGGCCUUGGCACCUCAGCUAGCAUAGGCUCCUAGUGCGUGAGGAAUUCUGAAGGGAAGAAAAGCAGGGGCAUUUUCUUGGUAUGGCCUCCAAGGCCUGUAUGGAUAACUACACCUGGCUCUGUACCUGCUAAAUAUCUCCUCCAGAGGCUAUUCCAAGGCCUACAGCCCCUCAAAUUCUAUAGAAGUAAGGAAACAGACGUGGAUUUGCCCUUGCUCAGCACCCUGACAGUGGGCCAUUAGAGCUGAAGCCACCACUAGUGACACCAGCCCAUGUGGCCCCUCCCCUUGGUCCUAGCUCUCAGCACUUUCCUUCCCUGAGCAGCAAGCACACUGAGUUAAGAGAGGUGGCCUUAGGCCUUUCUCUUCCCCUUCUGCAGAGGAGUGGUCCUCUGUGCCCGGGGAGCCUUUCUCUAGGGCACCUGGGCUCACAGCUUCCCUGAGCUCAUUCGGCCCCCGCAGCCUAGUGCCCCAUGACAAUGGCCUAUGCUCAGCAAGGGGACUGAAGGUUAGUUUUAGUGGAGACAUGCCCAGCCAUGGUCCGGCACAGUGGUGAGAAUCUAUGCUUUCAAGAUAGGACCAGUGUGUGCAUCCAUCUUCUGCCGCUGGCUUUGUGCCACUCCCUCUGUCCCACCUCUCGACUCAGAGCACAGGCCCAGCCACCGCCACCUCUCAGUACAGUCCCAAUUGCUGUAGAGGGUGGCAUUGUUGACUCUUCUCAGCACUGAUGGGAUUUAUCCUCUUGGAUCCUCUGUGAAUGCAGAUAGAGUCCCAAGGGAGGUAGUCAGAGAAGCAGAAGACGCCAGCCAUGCUCAGCCUUUCGGAGACCUCUGCCAGUCUUCCCCUCAGUGACAGGAGGUGGAAGGUCCUGCCCUGGGGUGGGGGUAGGGUGGCCAGGUCAGCCUGGUGUGAUAACUUCACAGGGGUGGGGGCAAGGCCAGACCAAGGCUAGCAGACAGACACGCCUGUGGCCUUGGGGAGACACUAAGCUUGGAAGGAGGCUAGGAAGAAGAUAGGAACCCCACCUUAAAUCCAAGCCCAGGGUGCCCUGGUUGCCCCAGCUCCUCCUGUGCUUCUGCCUUUGUCAUGGUCACUAUUUAUUCUUCAGUCCUUUUUCUUUUUGUAAGAAACAGUCACAAAAACCAGUGCAGAACGA